UACAUAUGAUUUGUAGGAAUGGGAAUCGAACCUCCAUCUCCAUAUGAAAUAAAGAAUAAGUACUUGGAAAUGGAGUACAAAUAUAUGGAAGCUUAUGUGAACCAACAAAGAGAAAAAUGGAAGACAUAUGGUUGUGCCAUAAUGUCAGAUGGAUGGACAGGGCCCACGAGAUUAAGCAUAAUUAAUUUCAUGGUUUAUUCAAAAGGGAGUACGGUGUUCCUCAAGUCAGUUGAUGCAUCCAACAGUAUCAAAGACCACAAAUACAUAUACAAGCUAUUGAAGAAUGUUAUCAAAGAAGUCAGGGUAGAUAAUGUGGUCCAAAUUGUCACAGAUAACGUGUCAGCAUUUGUGAAAGCAGGGAAGUUGUUGAUGAAAAAGUUUAACUUAUAUUAGACCCAAUGUGCGACACACUGCAUCGACUUAAUGUUUGAAGACAUUGGGAAAAGACCUAGUACUGCCGAGGUAAUACGCAAUGCUCGCAAGAUAACUAACUUCAUUUACAAUCAUUGUUGGUUACUUGCAGAAAUGAGAAAGUACUGUGGUGGAGACAUUGUUCGACCAGGAGCUACAAGGUUUGCUACAAACUAUAUUGCUCUUGAAAGUCUUCUUAAAAAAAGGGCUGAUUUGAAGAAAUUUUUUAUGAGUGAUGAAUGGACACUAUACAAGCUUAGUCGGACAAACAUUGGACGAGAUAUAGAGAAACUAAUGUUUGAUCAUCCGUAUUAGGAUAGAAUGAAACAUGUUGUUUCAUACUUUGAACCACUAUACGUGGUGCUUCGAAUCAUUGAUUCAGAAGUUGUUCCAACAAUGUCGUUUGUGUACAAGCUUAUGCAAGUGAUGAAAGAAAAUCUCAAUCGUCAACAAGUUGGCGAUUGGAUCUUCAAAAUACUUAAAGAUCGUUGGGAGAAAACACUAAAACAUCCACUUCAUGCAGCAGCAUACUUCUUGAAUCCAAGGUUUCAAUAUAGGCGUAGAGUUGGUAGUGAUCCAUAUUUAAUUCAAUCAGUCCAUGAAGUAUUUGCUAAAUUAGACCUACAUGCUGAAUCGGUUGGUCAAUUUGGAAAUGAGCUUGUGCUUUUUCGAGAUGCAAAGAGAGGACUCAGUGAUCGAGCGGCGAUUGCAUCAAGGUCAACCAUGGUGCCCGCUGAAUGGUGGUUGAUGUAUGGGAACCAAACACCUACAUUGAGAAAUUUGGCCAUUAAAGUUCUCUCACAAACUGCGUCAUCUUCUGCUUGUGAAAGAAAUUGGAGCACAUUUGCUUUAAUCCACACAAAGCAACGCAAUCGUUUGGCUUACUCCAGACUACAACAAUUAGUUUUCUGUUACUACAAUAUGAAGCUAAAGUUACGCGAUAUGGAGGCAGAAAAUGAUCGAGUUGCUGAGAAAGAUUACCUUGAUCUUCUUGACAUUUCAGCCGAGGUGGGUGAAGAAAAAGAGAAUCAGUUAUUCCAACGGGUCAGACCUAUACACUUAGAUGAUGAAGUUGGUAAUCCUGAUCCACGAAUUGCUGCUCAUGCUCGAGAAUUUGGAGUUGAUGUUGAACGUGUGUUGUCCGAAGAAGUUCACAGUGAAAGUUUUAGCAAAGAUACUGAGGAUUCAUUUCAAGGGGCAUUGAAUUCCCACCAAGAGGUUUACUCCACAAGUAUUGGCCAAAGUAGUAGACCUAGUGCUGCUGGUACUUCUGCUUCUGGUUACGAUGGUUCAAGAGGUGGAACUGAUGAUGGAAGUGAUCACGCAGGAGGAGAUAUUGGGGAACGCCAACAAAGUCAAUAUCCAAUGAGUCAAUUCACUUAUGAAAAUGAUUUCACGCAUUGCACACAAGAUGAAGACCAUGGCUCUAGAAGAGCUGGUCCAGGUAUAGGAUCUAUUGGGAAGCCAUACAAAGGAAGAGAACGGACGAUGACUUCAUAUAACGAGGAGUUACUUUCAAGGAGUUUUGAAUCUAUGAGUAUAGGAACUCAAUUUAGUGACUCCUCAAAUGAGGCUAACGUUUACCCUCCUUAUGUGAUGGGUUAUGGUCAACCUUCAAGUUCAACUGAUGAAGAGUAUGGUAUCCCGACCUACCCCUCUGCUGCACAAAUGUCUUACCAAGUUCCAUAUCAAAUGCAAGGAGGAUUUGACAUGAACACAUGGGUCAAUCUUGAGUAUCCUAUCCAUGUAGAGGCAGUGGGUAGGACUCAAGAGAUAUAUGCAUGGCAUGUUAGAAUUUUUAACCAAUAUUAUCGAGGCUCAAUGAGUUGGUACCAAUAUUGUCUCCAACAGCAAGACGGGGUUCCUUCAUCUACCAAUUCCAUUGAACCACAUCGAUCCUCAUUUUGGUACUAAAGGGUCAUUGCAAUAUAAUAUGUACAAAUUAUUGAUAUUUAAUGAAAUCAAGUCUUUCAUGAAGCUUCA